AUGGUACAUUGUAUUGGCUUCAGCGCUGUUUCGAGUUACUGGAACACAUAUUGUGAUAUAUCGGCACAAACUACUGAAGCUGAUGAGGAUGAUCCUGCCGUUGUCAUGCCGUACUGCAUGCGAGAAGAAAGCGAUGCAAGUGGCCGAGACAAAAUUGUUCACUUAAAAGCCGACAUCAAUCGAAUGUCGUUGGAUGGAGCUCGUAUUGACUUUGAAACUGCUAGAUUUUCGUUCACUAAUCAAGAAGCAGCUGCCUGUAGCAUUCGCAGCGAAUUCAUUUCUCAAACUUCCCGCGCUCAUUUACUGGUCCUUCUAACAUGCAGCGCUCUGGAGUGCCUGUUUAAUGGGCUGACGAGCAUUUACACGGAUAUAAGCGAUCAAAUGCGGGAAAAGCUCGAUCGGCCUUUUGAAACUUAUAUUCCUAUAAGGGUUAGAUAUUCCCAAUUUUGCAGUUCACAUAUUUUUCAGUGUUAA